UUUUGUCAUCAUUAAACAAUUAUAAAAAAAUAAAAUGAAGGGUUUAGAUCUAAUAGGAGGGAAAUGUCACUGGAGACAACCUCCUCCCGUUUUCGAUACGUAUCGAAAAGUAUCAGACACAUAUCAGUGUUGGAUAGUAUCUAACAUAUCAAUGCGAUAGUUAGACGAACUUGGAUUGAGUGUAAUUUCCAACUUUAUUUCUGACUACCCCUAGCUCCUGGGUGUAGUCCGUACCAAUGAUAGUAUCACUCAGACGGUUUAUAUUUAAAGAUGAAAAUUUUUAUAUUUUUUUGAUAAACUAUAUUAAAAUUUGUUUGAUUUUAAUCGGAUAGUUAUGAUGCACUGCGUCAUAACAACUACACUGAAUCCUGUAUUCCCUUAACUAUAAUGACAAAAAGGUUUUGUCUCUUCCUGUAAAGUUUCCAAUUCAAAUUUUCCCGUGUUGCAUGCACCUGUCUCUCUCGUUAGGCUACCAAAGGCAACAAAUUUUGGGAGCAAUUCCACUUUCGACACAAAACUAUUCAUUCAAUCUCUCAAGAACAAUAACAAUAAUACUUUGAAAAGAAAAAGAAACAAACAACGACGAUAAUGGGAGGAAGUGCCAAUGUUGCAUCAACACUCGUCUACAUGGCAGAGAGGUGCACUUCCAUGCGUGACCUCAAGCUCAUCCACGCUCACGCCUUCCGCACCUGCCUCCACCACCACACGGUAGUUCUAGGCAAGCUCUUCCGCUUUGCUGCUGUCUCUCCCUUCGGCAACUUAUCCUACGCCCACAACAUGUUCGACCAAAUGCCUCAUCCAUCCACAUUCUUCUACAACAUUCUCAUCCGUGCCCAUUCCUACUCUACCACCCCUUCCCUCUCCACUCUCUUCUUCAACCGCAUGAGGCAAAAGGGUGUCGCCCCAGAUGAAUUUUCCUUCACCUUUUUGCUCAAGUCACGCUCUUUCACCACGCCUUUUGUCCAGGACACACAUAGCGCUGUUUUUAAGUUUGGUUUUUGCAGUCACUUGCACGUUCAGAACGCGUUGAUACACUUGUAUGGCGUAAGGGGACUGGCCAUUUUGGCUCGUAGAGUCUUUGAGGAUGCCCUUAAAGUGGGUUUGGAUGUUGAUAUUGUGUCAUGGUCCGGGUUGCUUGUUGCGCACGUAAGGGCUGGUGAAUUGGAUGUUGCUAGGAAGAUCUUCGAUGAAAUGCCUGAGAGAGAUGUGGUUUCGUGGACCAUCAUGUUGUCUGGUUAUUCACAAGCUAAGCGGCCUCGUGAUACGUUGGCAUUGUUCCAAGAGAUGAGGCUUGUCGGGGUGUGGCCGGAUGAGGUUACCAUGGUGAGUGUGAUUUCGGCUUGUGCGGAGUUAGGUGAUGUGCAAAUGGGUAGGAUGGUGCACCGGUUUGUCAAGGAGAAUGGGUUUGGGUGGAUGGUUGCACUUUGUAAUGCUCUAAUUGAUAUGUAUGGGAAGUGUGGAUGCUUAGAGGAGGCGUGGCACCUGUUUGAUAGCAUGAAGCGGAAGAGCUUGGUCACAUGGAACGCGAUGAUGAUGGUGUGCGCUAAUCACGGCUAUGCUGAUGAUGCAUUUAAAUUGUUUGAAUGGAUGAUUGGUUCUGGGGUUGUGCCUGAUGGGGUGUCAAUACUGGCCCUUCUUGUUGCAUAUGCUCAUAAGGGGUUGAUUGAUGAAGGGAUUAGAUUGUUUGGGAGCAUGGAUAGAGACUACGGUGUUGAACCUAGAAUCGAGCAUUAUGGUGCUGUGGUGGAUAUGUUAGGACGUUCAGGGAGAUUACAGGAGGCAUAUGAUCUGCUUACAAGCAUGCCAAUUCCUAGCAAUGAUGUUAUUUGGGGAGCAUUACUUGGAGCCUGCAGGAUUCAUGGUGAUGUUGACAUGGGGGAAAGGGUUAUAAAGAAGUUGUUGGAGUUAAAACCAGAUGAAGGGGGAUACUAUAUUCUCCUCCGUGAUAUCUAUGUUGCCGCAGGCCGGACUGUAGAAGCCAAUGAGAUGCGGCAAGCCAUGUUAGAUAGUGGUGCAAGGAAAAAUCGUGGUUGUAGUUGGGUGGAAGCAUGAAAACUUUUGGUGUGCAUACGCAGUAAUGAUUAUGCAAGGCAAUGUGGUGCCUCAGUGCAGGUUGUGCACUUAUAAAGGUGUCCGCGAGGAAAUUUCCACAUCUUUGAUUUUGCCACUAUACUGUUGAUACAAUGAAGAAAACCACGGAGCAGUUUGGUUGGAAAUUUGGAAUCAUUGUUAGAUCACUUUAAAUAACUUAUACGGUUGGAUUUUGUCUAGUUCUCGUCCUCAUUGCUAGCGCUGGCUGUUGGGUUGACAAUUGACGGGCUCUUCAAAAUCACCGGGAUUGAUCAACCUGUCAGAGAAUUUGUUCCAUAUCAACGGUUGAAUUGCCAUCUUCCCUCUAAGUUCAGAAGAGUUUAUUUCUAAAUGACUUUUCUGGACUGCAAAAUCUUCAGGUUAGCCAGCUGUACUACAUGGACGAUUGCUGUUUUAUCAGAAUCCCGUUUUACGUGAUAUUUUGAUUCUUAGCACUUGCACACUGAAGCCAUCUAAUAUUUUUGUGAUGGUUUUGUGCAUUCCUUUAUAUUUGUUAUUCACAGGAUUUUCUUUAAUGAUUAUUUAAUGAAACGGUGCAGACUAGCAAGGCAGUUAAUAUCGUUAUUUUGUUAUUAGUAUAUUCUUUCAUGGUGUUUGUUGGACAGAUAUACUAAUGUCAGGUGGGCUAAGCCUUCCCAAAAUGCCAUUUGUGCAUUGGACUCUUGACAAAUUUACCUAAAACCUCCUUUGCUGAGCUUGAGUUAAUGAAACAUUUCUAUUAAGAAGAAUUCCUUUCUAUUUUCUAAGACUAAGAGUUUAUUAGUUUGAAAACAAACACUUCUAGAUAUUGUUGUUGAAAGGUUAAAAUUAAAGGGUGAAUUUUGCUUAAAACCCAGCACCAAAAAAGGAAUCGUACAACAUGUUGCCUUUUUC